AACUUCGACGACCAUCGAUCCCAUCCCCAUACCGCAAAAAUGGCCGACGCUCAAGUUACUCUGCGCACGCGCAAGUUCAUCCGCAACCCCCUGCUCGCCCGUAAGCAGAUGGUCGUUGAUGUCCUCCACCCCAACCGUCCCAACGUCUCCAAGGACGAGCUCCGUCAGAAGCUCUCCGAGCUCUACAAGGCCGACAAGGACCAGGUCUCCGUCUUCGGUUUCCGCACCCAGUACGGUGGUGGCAAGUCCACUGGCUUCGCUCUCAUCUACGACUCCAACGAGGCCAUGAAGAAGUUCGAGCCCCACUACCGUCUGGUCCGUGUUGGCAUGGCCACCAAGAUCGAGAAGGCCUCCAGACAGCAGCGCAAGCAACGCAAGAACCGCAUGAAGACCCUCACCGGUACCGCCAAGGUCAAGGGUGCCAAGACCAAGAAGGACAAAUAAGCGCAUCGCCUUGUUUUCCUGGAGUGGUCUGUCGUGUGUCGUUUACGCCGGAUGUGGAAAAAUGUUGUUUUGGCUGUGGAACAUGGUAUUCGCAACAACCCCAACACACAUCGGCGCGCACUGUCUUCAAUACCCGGCCUUCUAAAAGAUACCACCACUUGUAUCAUGCUGCUACAGUGGUCAUGGAUGGGGAUGAAAAUGGCGUCCGGUUCUUAGCUUUUCGUAGUCUACACCCCCUACUCGAAAAGUACGAUCAUCAAAAAGUCCAGUCUUUGUCUCG